CUCAGCGGUUCUGGGCUCUGAAGAACAGUGGUGGCCAUGACUGUCCCCGAGGAAGCACGGGCACAGGAGCUGGACAGCCCGGACGAGGAACUGCUGAUAAGCAGUGGCCCCAGACACUUCAUGGACAGGUUUGGAGACCGCCUGGCUUCUCUAUGCAAAAGAUUUGCAGGCCAUCUCCACCACCCCAUCCCCCUGGCCCUGAAGCUGAUCUUCUUCGUGGUCUUUGCUGGGAUCUUGGUGGCCAUCCUUGCCCAAGUCUCCAGGAUCCCCAGCAGGAAGGAGCAUGAGCAGAACCAGUUACUGCAGAAGAGGUCCUCCCAGGAACUGGCCCGGAUGGUGGACAUAAUAAACCGCCUGUGCCGUCCCUGCUCCUGGGACUGGACAUUCUUCCACGGAAAUUGCUACUUCUUCUCCAAGUCCCAACGGAACUGGCAUGACUCCCUCACCGCCUGCCAGGAAGCGGGGGCUCAGCUCGUCAUCGUGGAGAGCGCUGAGGAGCAGAGCUUCCUGCAGCAGACCUCGAAGAGUAAAGGCUCCACCUGGAUGGGUCUCUCGGACCUGAACAAGGAAGGCACCUGGCACUGGGUGGACGGCUCGCCUCUGUCAAGCAGCCUGGGAAGCUACUGGAACAAAGGAGAGCCCAACAACAUCGGGGAAGAGGACUGUGUGGAAUUCAAGGAUGAGGGCUGGAACGACGGCAGAUGUGGUAACAGCAAUUUCUGGAUCUGCAAGAAGACGGCGCUGUCCUGCUCCAACAGCUGAUGUCCAGAAUCUCUGCCCAAGCACCCCUGCCAGGCGGCCGAGCUUGCAGCUGGUUAUCCCAGCUCCUUCUCCUUGUCUGCUGGACUCGAGAUCUUAGCCAUAGCUCUGUGAAUCUCCUCUGUCGCGCUCCCUGUACUCUAUGGGCUGGAUCAUCACCUCCCUUCCUCCUGUGCCGCGGGAUCCCUCUGGCCUGGUGGCUGUGGUUCCGGCCGUGGAGAUGGUGCGGGACACAUUGAGGAGAGCGGGGGGGGGGUGUUCCCCAGUCUUCUCUGCCUCGGUGAUACCAGAGGGUGCGCACCGCCGUGCGUAGCUGCUGGCGUGUCCUCUGUGGCUUUAUUCCGUCCCUGCCUGCUUCCCUUCAGUCUGCCCCGCUUCCACGCGCCUGCCCUGCUCUCCUCAGCCUGGGGAUGCUCCUCUAGCUCAUGCUGCAGGCUGGGUGAUCGUCGAAUGAAUCCCUCAGUUCACCAGUGAUGGUUUGGAUUGCUCCCUCCUCCCUCUGUGGUUCUGCGGUGGACUUUGCAGUGGGUCUCCCAGGUCCCACUUCCGUGAAGGACAUAUUACCCCAGCUGAGAGGAGUCCUGUGGGAGGUGGCUACCACACAGCAGCCCGUUCCCACCUAGACUCUGCCCCGGGUGCCUGCUUCUCCUCCAGUGUUGGACUCCAUCCUGUUACACCGCACGUUUGCACAGGGCAUUGAAGAUCUAGCCGUACUGGGCAAACAUGGGGCAUCUAUGAAGGAUCCCUCAGACUCCAGAGCUCCCUGUGGGGCCAGCUGUUGCUGCUGUCAGACCUCCUCUUUUGCGUUUAUAUUUCUGCCCUUUCCUGCUUUCUUCUUGCGGAGGAAAUUAAAAACGCAUUAGUCUACAUUCCCGAGUGAUAUGGGUAUCUUUGGUUAUUCAGCAUCAUGCCUAUUGAUGACACACGGAUUUCUGCUAAUGUGAUGACUCAGGUCACCAGAUGGACAAAAAAAAAAAUUAGCUAGGGCAAUGACAUUUUCCAUCCCAACCUCCUAUCUCCAGGUAGGAGUGUGAAGAUUCUCCUCUCUGAGAUCUCUGAACAAGGAGAUUUGCUGAUGCCCGUGAUAGUAAAACACGCAGUGGUGCUGGAGAUCAGAGUCGCUGGAGAUGCGUGGGGACCACACAUCUGCACGCUUUCCUUGUCCCAAGCAUCUCUUCCACUUAGCACCUUCUGAGUUGUCUCCUUGAGAAGAUGUCACUGGCAAAUCGCCAAGCCAUAAAGGAGGUUUAAAGCCAGUCUUUGGAUGGCUUGACAGAAGCUUGGUUAGUCGGGGGCACCUUGUGUGGGCACCAGAAGUAGGGUGGGACUGAGCUGUGCGAGUCCAGUCAGAAUUAGAAGACUGCUUGCUGGAAAACAAUCCACUGAGCUUCCCGUUCCUUCCACCCUGUGACCCCACAGAUACUCCUUCCUGAACAAGUUGAAUGUUAAAUCCCAUCUCUCUGAGAGCCAGUCUUCCACAAGGUUAGGAUUUUCUCUAUUGUUUUCCUCUUUUCUGUUUCAUUUCUUUCUGCUUGUACCUUUGGGUUUUUUCCCUCUUCGUUAAGCUUUCAGUUGAUGUGACUCCCGCUUUUAUUAGUUUCUUGGGAUUGUGGACCUCAGAUCUGUCCUCCAUCACAAGACAAAAUACAGUCGAUCUCAACUGGUGUUAUGGUCAGUUGUAGAUCAAGGGCAACAUUGCAUUGCAUGAAGUAGCAUCAAGUUUCUAAUCCUCGGAGCAGCAGAAGUUAUUUGUGCUUGUAAGAACUGCUGAAGAAAGCAGAAACAAAGGGCAUAGAACAGACCAGUCAUUUCCAGUUACUUUCCUUGCACAUCAGGUCAGAGAUCCAGAACAACAGAGGGGUGACUAAUUUGUGCAAGGUUACUUCAGGGUUUCUAUUAAAAUUAGCCAGCUUGGAAAAAUCAACUGUUAACCCUCUGCGGAUGAUUUCCAAGAGUCAGAAAAACAGAGAAUUAGAAUAAA